AUGGCAGGCAAGAAAGGAGCAGGCGAGAACUCCAAGAAGGCCGCUGGUAACGCCCGCAAGGCUGAAGCGGCCGCGGGCAAGAAGGCCGCCGAGGACGCGAAACGCGCCGCCGAGGAAGACAAGCAGUGGUCGAAGGGCGCGAAGAGCAACGCUAAGAAAGACGACGCCGAAUCCAAAAAAGCCGAAGCGGCCCGCAAAAAAGCCGAACGCGACGCCCUCCUCGCCGCCGAAGAAGCCUCCCAACCGAGCAAAGCCAAAGGCGCGAACGCGAAACAAGCCACCAAGAAGACGCGCGGCCUGGACCUAUCCCAGCUGGACGACAGCGGACCGGGAGCCAAGAAGGCGUCGGCGCUUAACGCUUCGGGUAUCGAUAAUGCGCUGGACGCCCUGAGCUUGACGAAUAAGGACACGUCGAAGAUUGACCGACACCCCGAGAGGCGGUAUAAGGCGGCGUAUGCGGCGUAUGAGGCGCGUCGGAUGCCGGAGGUUGAGGAGGAGCAUCCGGGUCUGCGGAGACAGCAGCGGAUUGAGCUGGUGAAGAAGGAGUUUGAGAAGAGUGAUGAGAAUCCGUUUAACCAGGUGCAUGUGGCGUUUGAUGCGUCGAGGGAGGAGGUGGCGAAUGUGAGGGAUGCGGAGAGGAAGAAGAUGGAGGCGAGGUUGGGGAAAUAA